AUGGUCGACAUCCGUGACGGCAGCCUUGCGAAGCCUAUGGGUGGAACACUCGGCUCAACGGAUGCCGCAACUGGCGCUCCGCAGAACCUGAAGGGCGAGAGUGUCGAGAAUGAAGCUAGCAACUUCAUCACCAGUGUCUCAGCUAUCGCUACGAAUUUGCUGACCGGCAAGGAUCCUCACGGCGCUCCAAAUGAAGUCGAGGGAGGGAGCAAACAAGGGUUCAAACCCCAGCUUGAUGUAACAACUAUGGCAGUUGUCAAGGACAAGGCCGAGGGGGUGGAUAGACCGUCGCAAGACAAAACUAAGGCACCUAUGGAGGAGAAAGUUUGGUUCAUCUUUUUCACCGUUUUGGUCGAUACUGAUUUUGUCAGCAUUCUGGUGCCUACUCCUCCUUUUGACCAGCAGAACCACCAGAGACGACUUGCUGCCUACAUUGUCCCUAUAGCCGCGGCGUCAAUUGUACUCUCUCAGGACAUUGUCAUCAGCGGCACGACGUUUGCUCUGGGUGUCGCACAAGUCAAGCAUGCUCCGCCAAACAAAGCCAUUGAUAUUGAUGAGGAUGUUGUUGGUGCAUCUAUGGGUGAUAAUCCGUUGGGUGCAUCGCAAGAUCAACUCGAAAAUGUUGCUGAGCGCGACGAUGAGAUGGCAGACCAUGCUGGUGGCGAAGACACAGAAGUCCAGCAAGCUCUUGGGCAUGGGAGUAAACGGGAGAAGAUCUUUGGUCUCUUGAAGGGUGGCGCUAAGGAGGUUGCCAAAGCUACCAGCACGGUUGACAAAAUCAGGGCCAAGGCUGGGUCUGAGAAUGCAAAGACGCGCGUCGGAGCACUGCCGUCAUCGAACGACGAUGUGCAGACCAUUGGACCCGUAGAAUUCAGCGCCCGCUUCGAAGGGGAAAAGGGAUUUGUUUACGUCAACGCGGCUGCCGGUUUCGUGGCGUUCAACAAGAAUUCCAUCACCGAGGAGAACCUUGAUACAGUGUGGGCUGUCAACAUUGACGGCAUCACUCAACUCAGGAAGCAUUCUGGUUAUGGAAUGAAAGCUAAGCUUGCUUCCGGAUGGGCAACGGAUGGACCGAUUUACGAUAGCCUGAGGAUCGUUGAUCAGGAGAACAAGCACUUUGUUGUGACGGCUCUUCCUUACAGGGACGCGCUUUUCAAUCGACUAUGCGCAAUUGGCAAGCACACUAAGUGGGAGGUUUGGUAA